AUGGAACGUAAAGUUACCACGGUAAAAAUGGUUUACGCAACGCAAGUAAUUAAUUCAAGUGAUGAUUAUCCGAGUCCCAGUCAGUUUGAAGAGUGGAAACUUCAGGCUCAAAUGGGGGAUUUUAGUAAAUCCACGUUAGAUUUACCCGUGAGUUCAAAAUCCGCGAUCGAAGACGGUUUGAAACGACCGAGCGUUCAGUUAAAUCGUUAUAAUAAAAUUGAACGAAGGCCUCCCGCCAUACCCGAGUGCGAAAUAUUAGAUGACGACAAUUCGAAAAGUUUAGUUAGGGAAAACGUGAAAACGAGCAUUUUGAAAAGUUCUCGCGAUAGGCCGUCCAUAUACGAAAAGGGAAACAAUUCGAGGUGCAACACGAUCGGUCACAUGAAAUCGUCAACGAGUUUGGCGAAUAUUGCAUCGGAUAUAGUGGUCGUGUCAGCAGGAUGGUUUUCGUCAUUAAGGAGACCGGGGAGGAAAAGGAAGAAGAAAAACGAGUCAAAUUGUUCGAUAAAAGCAAAAUCUGCAUGGGAUUUAUCGAACUUGGCAAAACUGAAGACGAUUCGUAUUAAAGUCAGACGCGUCUCGAAAACAUAA